UUUACUGUGAGGCGCAGGAACCGUGCGUCCGUCUCACUGAGGAAGGACAGGAAGAAACUUAACACAGAACUACAUUCACCUUUUUCUUUGUGCUUUGGUUUUCCUCUGAAGUAUCCUGUCUCGUUUCAAUCUAGAAUCAAGUUGGACAAAGUAUUGUGUGUGGAAAUAUUAGUACUUUUCUUCACUAAACUCUAUGACUGAGAUACUUUACAGUUACAGGUCCUCACUUCAUGCCAGUGUGGGGAAGUGAAAAACACGUAUCUACAGUAGGAGCCAACGUGGAAACCCGUUCAAGUGAGAUCUGAAGCGCCAGUGGAAGAAUUCGAGCGAACGUUGGAUAUAGCGUCAGAGCAAGCUUCAGACGGAGCCUGCGGCCAUUGUAGAGGAACACAGUUCAGCACUUGACAUGUCGCUCAGCAGCCAGACUUUCCCCGACUCCAGAAGCAGCAACAUCAUCUCCAGCUCGGCGUCUCAGUAUGCUACUGGAUCGCUAGGCGUGGGGCUGCUUGGGCUGGGCAUCGUGAUGAUCCUGUGGAGCUUGGCGCCUGUAGGCAUAGGAGUAAACCACUCACAAGGUGUAGUGGAGGAAGUUAGAGACACGUCGUCAGUGGGCUUUGUGCUGCUGGGAAUAGGAGUGUCCAUGCUGCUGCUUUCACUGUUCCUCAGCAUACAGAACAAAUACCGAGCAAUGAGACAGGCAAACAGCAGUGCUAACACAGAGCAAGGCCAGCAAGUGGAGCGGCAAUCAGACGAAGCCGAGCAGUACACGGUACCCAGUUAUGAGGAAGUGGUUGGGAAUGCUCAGUACCCCAUCAGUCAGUUCUCUCCACGGCAUAACAGCACCACCCAGCUACCAGCCUACGAUGAACUGAUGGAGGUAGAGGGCUAUGCUCUACCUGCGUACAAGAACGGAGAAGACAAUUUGAACUCGACGCACAUUCUCCCUCAUAGUACCGAUCGCUCUGACCAUAAAGUGCUUUCAGUAAUAACCGGGAGAAACAGCUUGAGCAGCUUGCCACAGGUUAUUGUUUCCAGCAACGAACCCCUCACUCCUCCACCAGGGUAUGAAGUAAAUCCCCUAGAACGUUUACCAGCAGCACAAUGAACACGGAAGCUCUAACUCUUGUAACAGGAAGUGUGUGCUGGUCAUUAAAAAUGCACAAGGAAGAAUCACACUAUGAUGUAAUUGUUAGGGGUGGUUCUGAGCUGGAGCUUACAGCAGAGAGACAGAUUUGAAACAGAAACAUGGGGAUAGUUUGGAAGUGUAAUUACCACACUCAGGUGACAUGAGCCAACGUGCUCUGAAUCAGUCUUUUUAAUAUUUGUGUUAAUAUAAAAGGCGUUUUUUCUCUAACCAGCUUUUUGGUCUUUGCCUCAAGAAACUUAUCAGUGUCAGUUUUCAGCUUGAUUUUGUAUUCCGUCUUUCAUAUCCAUCUAGAAAGAACAUUUCAACUGGACGUGUUAAAUUAAUGAUGAAACGGUAUUUCACUUCAAAAAUAAUGAAUCUAGCAUCAUGAAUUAUGUCACAUGUUUGGUAAUGUUCAGACGAAUUUGCUGCCACAGAGCACCGUCUUGUUAAAGUUCAAUACCACACACAGAUGGAGCAUAACAUAACAGCCAGACACUAACAUGAAAGAGUUAAAUAGUGAGUUUAGCUAGCACUUUCCAGUUUGUGUUAGCGUUGAUGUUCAUCUGGGCUCUGUGUUUGUACCCUUUAUUGAGUGUGAGACUAGCCCUUGUUACCAUAGUGACAAGCAGUGAAGUCAUGAAUGGGUAAGUGUAUUUGUGCGUCUCCUUAGGAGAAGAGACAGGGGAAACUCUUUCACUCUGCAGCUGCAUGUAAUAUCAUACACACUCGCCUUUGCUUUUUGACAGUUACUAAUGUGUACACACGUUUGUCUUAAAACCUUUGUAAGGACCCUCUACUAACAUAAGUAUUAAUGCAUCUAAUUAAUAAUGUGCAUACACCUAAACUAAACAAAAAGGAAAUAUUUUGUCUCUGGAUAAUUUUAUUUCUUUUAUUUUUUAUUUAUUUAUUUAUUUAUUUAAAAAAAUCAGUUUAUUCGACCAACCAAAAGUUAUCACAAUGUAAAACAUUUCAGAUAUCCCCAUAUACACAACAUCCCCCCCCCCCCACACACACACACACAUACACAUUAGAGAAAGAAAAUUUUUCUAUUCCUAGUCAUUAUUUAUAGAUCUUUAUCUUGCAUUCUUUUAUUCCGACCUUCCCCAACACACACACACAAACACUGUAAGGGUAAUUAAAGCUUGCUCAAGCCCAUUUGCAGUCUGCAAUACCAUUACCAUAUCAGAGGAAAAGUAGAAAUGACUUUAUACACAGAACAUUCCAGCAUCUAAACAAUGCAUUCCUGAUGCAAACAAGCAAACAUCUCAGUUUAACUCUUUUCUAAUAUAUUGUAUAUAUGGUUUUUAAAGGAUUUUAAGAUCAUUUCAUUUUUUUGCUCCCUAUAUUUUUUUUAUUUUGUCUGCAUUACAUACUUUUGUAAUACUGUAUUUAAGAGGAGUCUCACUCAUAUUUCUGUACUAAGUAUUUUGUUCAUGAUCACUCCCGUUAUUACAAGUGUAACAUGUUCCUAAGUGAUUAUAUUACAGCCAGUUUCUGAGAAGUGACUAGCUUUUCUUUUUUGUUUACAAUUGAAUCUUUUCAGAAAAUAAAUGUGGAGUGUGGCGUGAGGAUUUGUUGAUAUGCUGUUUUAUUCCCGUGCAGUUUUGCCAACAGGCUUUGAGAUGUAAUAUUAUUGAGACAAAACAUCCAGCAAUAUAAAUGUACACUGUUACCAUCUAGUGGUGUCAGUGCAGCAAGUAUUUCUGAACAACCGACAAGCCACAGCUCAUGCAAUGCACUUUCUUUCAUGCACAUGUAAUUAUGUAAUUUGCUGUCAUAUUAUUUGAAAAUACAUUUUGUAAUUCUUAUUUAUUGAUUAUGGCUGAUUUACUUUCCAUUUUGCUCACACACACCUUAGUUUACAAACUUUAGGUCUAGCAUUUUUGCAACUAAAUUAAAUUAAAGCAAUUAAGCAAUUAAAAUUAAGCAAUUUGAUUUCUGUAAUAUUUGGUGACAGUGUCAUUAUUUCUGUACAGAGGAAAAACUCUCGGCCGUUCUUGUUCGCACCUCAUUCACUGUAAACAAAAUUGGUGGACGGAGUUGUGUUGAUCAUUUUGUACUGAAUGCUGAAGACACUUUGAGGUUGAAUUUUGACACUACUAAACAGUAUAAUGUUUUCAGAAGUGUGUGUAAAAUGUAAUAAUAAUAACAACCAAUCAGAGCAUUUGGCUUAAAAGUUAACUAAUAUCUACAGUAUAUAUGACAACAAAAUAAACCUACAUUUUAGUUAAUAAAGUACUUUUAUAAAACAA